AUGCACAAACCAACAGUCGCUUUCUUCGGCGCCACUGGUGGCUGCACCCUCGCCUGCCUUGUGCCCGCUCUCCAAGCAGGAUACAACUGCGUCGCCUUGGCUCGCACACCCAAGAAACUCACCGACCUCCUCACCACGCGCGGAAUCCCCCCGGCGACGCUCUCCGCACAGCUAACCCUAAUCGAAGGCUCCGCAUCCGACCUCAACGCCAUCACCCAAACCCUCUUCCCAGCAAACCUGCCCCCAGCCUCAAUGAUCAUCUCCGGCGUUGGCGGCGCCCCAGACUUCUCGCAGCCUCUCUCGCCCAAAUUCGUCGGCAAGACGAUCUGCCAGGACACCGUCCGCAACAUCCUCGAGGUUCUGCGCGAGCACAAGCACGAGCACGAGGAGAAACAGAAGCCCAAGCCUGUCCUCGUGGCCAUCUCCUCCACAGGACUGACAAAGGAGCGCGAUAUCCCGCUUGCCAUGGUCCCGCUGUAUAACUGGAUGUUGAAGAUCCCGCACGCGGACAAGAGAGUCAUGGAGGGGCUUAUCUUUGAGGAAGUUGCCCGGCCCGAGGCUGAAAAGGUCAUUUCGGACUAUGUGGUGAUCCGGCCGAGCUUUUUGACGAGUGGGGCGAGUCAGAGGGAGAAGGUGCGCGUGUUGAAGGGCCAGGGCGAGGGUCAGAAUACGGCGGUUGGCAUCUCUUGUCCGUUUGUUGGGUAUACGAUUUGUAGGGAGGAUGUUGGCGGGUUUAUGUUUGGGUUGGUGGAGGGGUUGGAUGGGGGGAAGGCUGGGAGGGAGUAUUAUAGUAGCGUUGUUUCUAUUUCGCACUGA